AUGGUCACCAUAAGUAUGGCGACAAGGACCCGAAAACGACGCUGGCAGUCUUCACCGGACAAGAAAUCUGCAAGAGCCAGUCUAAAUUUUUGUCAGCUUGAAAACACUCCUCCGAGAAAACGACGGGCUGUAGUCAAUGAUGAUUCUUCUUCAAUCACAAGCGAAGCAUCUGACACAGAAUCAGUACCAACAGAGGAGUCAUUCACAAUCAAAUCAUUCUAUGGUGGCAGACAGAAGAAACACUUCCCCCAUUCACCAGGCAGGAGAAAGGCAGCCUAUAUAGUUAGAUCAAAACUGUCCGAGGAUAAGGCAGCCUCAGAAGAAGAUGUGUUGACCUUCAAGUCCAGCAAUGACGAGAACAGUCCUCAGUCUGAUGUCUCUAUGGCAGUUUUGAGAACCAGAAAAGCACCUGAUUCUAACAGGAAAGACUCCAAGAAAACUUUUAAAGAAAAUACAACCACCAAAGUUCUGGUUGAAAGUGAAACAUCAGAGAUGUGCGCUACACCAGUAAAUGGCAGAAAAUUUUUUAAGCACAAAAGUCCUGCUUCUGCUAGCAAGGUAGUAGGUAGCAGUGUUAUCAUCCGUAAAGGCUUCAACUUGAAAUUUGUUCCUUCAAGAAAUUCCAAAAGUGCCAAACUGACAAAUAAGAAAAAGUCCAAGAAAAUAAGAAAGGAAUCCAAAACUAUCAACAAAGCCAUUGAAAAUAAAUCUGUUGAAGAGAACAUUUCUGAAACUGCAGUGAAUGUGGACAUCCCAACAACAGAUUCAGCCUGCCAUAGUGUCAUGUCUGAGACUUUGGUCUCGGAACCGGAUUAUCAGAGUUCUGCCCAGUCAGAGCAGGCUGGAGCUUCUGAGGACCUAUUUCCUGAAAGUUUAAAUGGCAGUAAUCCAUCCUCAAACUGUUCCUCGCUAGCCAGCAGUAUGACUGACCUCACAUCAGUAGACUCCGGUCCAUCUCUGCGCAGCCGAGGGAAGGAUCCAAUCACUGGAAAGCCAUUCUUUUCCAUUUUUAACUCCUCCCAAAAUACACCAAAGUCAUCACCGUUGUUAAGUAGGAGGAAGUCCCACCUGCGGCCUUCAACAAGAGUGUCACCACGACGACGGCUACGUCCUGACAAGGACAGUCAGGAACAGAUGAUACUGGAUGCUGGACAGAAGAAAUUUGGUGCAAUCCAGUGUGAUGUAUGCAGUAUGGUGUACACUCCAGAGGACCCCACGGACGAUACUACUCACAACAAGUUCCAUCAGAGUCUUCUCGCAGCACUUAGAUUCCCUGGCUGGAAGAAGGAGAGGGUAGUACAGGAGUAUCCACAACUGGGAAGUCGGAUCAUCAUGAUCCUACACGAUGACCCCAAGUAUGCCAUCAGGAAGGUGGAAGAUAUAAACAAAAUCAUGGGACAAGAACUUGGCUUUCCUGAAGCAUCCCUCACUUUCAAAUAUGGAUACAAGGUGUUCUUGUACAUCUCGGACGACAAAACAGUGGAAGGUUGCUGUGUUGCAGAACAAGUCAGCCAGGGUUACCCUGUGAUAGGUGACAGCCAGCCAAGCCAAACCUCUCAGCCAGGUCAUCGUCCAUGGUGCUGUCAGUCCGAACCACAGCCUGCUUCAGUUGGCGUCAGUCGUAUCUGGGUCCACUGUCAGCAAAGGCACAAGGGAAUUGCUUCUAAGCUACUGGAUUGUGUAAGGCAAUGGUUCGAGUAUGGUGUUUUCAUUGAAAAGAAGCAAAUGGCAUUUUCUGAUCCAACUCCAGACGGAAAACAGUUAGCAACAAAGUACACGGGUACACCAAACUUCCUUGUAUACAAGUACAGUUAG